AUGGAGGAGCGGGUUCCACCUACCGGUGGUAGUAGCAGCGGCGGUGACCACCCAAAUGAGCCACCCAACCACCACCACCACCCACACCCUUCCUUUGAAUACAAAACACAACCUAUAACAUUUACAUCAGAGCAAGAAAAUGAUUUGAGUAUUUACGUGGUACAAAUUCCCAAAGAUCAAAUUUAUCGCGUUCCACCCCCCGAAAAUGCUAAGAUCGUAGAACAUCAUCUCAAUAGCCCGACUGCAAUGGGGAAGAGAUCGGUUUGCAAUCGUGUUUUGUGGAUUAUUAUGAUCUUGGUUAUCAUUGGUGUUGUAAUCACCAUAACCCUAGUGAUAUUACACCAAGUUUAUCGCCCUAAACCGGCUGCUUUCUCCAUUGUGAACGUGCAUGCUACGAACAAAUCACGAAUUGGGUACGACAUUUCUUUGAAAGCAAGAAACCCUAAUGAAGAAAUUAAAAUCAACUUUGCAAGUAGUGGUGGUGGUGUCUCGCUAUUUUUCAAGACAAAACAGCUUGCCAUGGGCGACUUUCCGAAAUUGCAACUAGAAGGAAGUGAUUCAAACACUGUUCUUUUAAACCUAGCCGGAUCGAAUGGAGCGGUACCUCAAGAGAUUGACCAGAGUAUCAAUGACAAAAAAAUCGAUCAUCAAGUGUCACUAAGUCUUAAAAUGAAACUUAACGCAGAUAUGAAUUUAGGGUUCUUAAAUCUUUGGAGCAAUGACAUGAAUGUGGAUUGCGAAUUCAAAGUUAACGCAUUGAGGGGCGCAGAAUUUAUUGAGAUUUAUGAUUAG